AUGAAGAUCGCGAUGACACCAAGGACCCUUGAGUUCCUUAUAAAGCAAGGAAAUGGUGUUCUGGAUAUAGUGGCACCUGAAGUGUUUUAUCAAAUUAUGAUGUUUCUGCAGCCUAAAGACCUCAGAGUGUGCAUGUGUGUUUCUAAAAAGUGGAAGGUAAGGCGUAAAUGGGUCUGUACUUGUCCAUCACGCGCACUUUGGUGAUAAUAAGGAGCUUAUAAUAAGCAAAAAAGACAAUGGGGACCUUAAGCGACGACGACGGCGACGUCAAGAAAACGGCAAAAAAAGGCAGUAGGUUUAGGCCCCGUCCACAGGUAUCCGAUACUUUUGAAAACGGAGAAUUUUUGUCCUCCGUUUUUUAAAAAAAAUAAUACGCGUUCUCACGUAGCGUAUUCGAAUCGUUUUCGCCCAUCCACGCGAAAACGCAAUACAAUGUAAAAACGAUAGCAGCCCUCACGGAGCAUGCGUAAUGUUAGUAGUAUAUAAUUUAUGACAUCACCGUAUUCGAAAACCUUCGUUUUCAUCACUCCACAUGUAGACAAGAAGCCUCUCCACUCUGGAUAGCGUUUUUGAAAAGAUGCGUUUUCGGUGACCGUUUUUACCGCAUAAGUGUGAGAGGUAGGCCAAACCAAUCAAUCAAUCAACAACUUUAUUUAAGUGUCUAGUCUUCUAGCUUGCCGUGAGGCCUACUAAUCGGGGACACUACUUAAAUAACUUAUUAAUAAGAAAGAUAAUACUAUAAGCCAAUAAGAUUUAACUAUUCUAAAACUACUUAAAAGAUACACGAUAUUCAAUAUGCUUCGAAAAAUACACGUAUGUAAUAAAUAAGAAAAAACUAUAUAUACAAUUUCGUAAUAUAUCCACUCUACGAGUUAUGAUAUUUCCUGUUUAUGAGUCACACAGGUGGCACCCUUUGCAUGCGUUAUCACUAACUAAUUUGCUCAGAUCUUUUCUCCUUAUAUUUGCUUUAAACCUGCUUAAGGAGGUCUCGUUUCUGUCCUUCAUACUCAAUUUUGACCAUAAAAAUGGCCCAAAAAAUCUGAGGGAAUGCUUUCCAUAUUUAACAGUUUUUACCCUUUCAACGUGAAAGUCCGAGUUCCUGAGGUUGUAGUUCGAAAGCGAUGACGAGAAGAGUUCUAGUACGUUGUAAGGCUGUAAUCUAUUCCUUAUUUUGAACAUAAAGAUAGCGAUAUCUUGUAAUCUCAUGUUAGAUAGACUAGUCAUUCCAGCGUGUGUAAGAAGGUCACCAUAAGGAGAGACUCGAUCUUUGAAGACUGUACGUAGUCCAUAUGAAACCGGUGGAAAAAGUCUCCGUUUUCAAAGAAAAACGGAUACGUGUUGACUGGUUCUUUGGGCCUGUUUACAUGGAGGUGGGGACCCCAGAUAGGUGAGGUAACAUGUGGCGGGUCACCCCACCUAUCAUGUAAGCGUGAUCAAAUUAAAAUGAGAGAUUAUAUGGACAGGUGGGUUACCCCACCUGAGCGGGUUACAUCAUCUUCCUUAUAGGGUCUCCCACCUCCAUGUUAACAGGCCCUUAGAUUGGCAAAACAAGAACUCUGUACGUGAAUCAAGCUUUUUGCACAUUUCUUCAGCUUCUCUGCACGAUCGACUACGACGUCAAAAUACUUCAUUUCACGUUUUGUGGAGAACGUAAACACACGACGACGACUUUCUUUUUGUUUUCCGGAACUUCGAAACAGUCUUUUAGAAUUCAACUCCAGAAAAAAUUGCCAAAAAGUUGUGGAAUUGAUAGUCUGAAAUGUCAUUUGUCCGCAAAGUCAAUUUUCAAGUGACGUUAAGGCCCGGCUCAAACGCCGAACUUUUCAUGAGCCUAACCUAAUACAUUGAAUUAAGUACAUGAAAAGUUCGGCGUCUGAAUCAAUUAGGAACGCCUGUUUCAAUUUGGAACGGCUCAGCCGUUCUCUUCGCCUGGCCUGGCCAGGAAUUUCGCCUUUGGAGCGACUUCGAAGGGUUUGAUUCAGACACCGAACUUUUCAUGUACCGAACCUAAUGCAUAAAUUAUUAUAACGUAUUUGUAGGAAGUUUGACCGAAAUGAACAUUUGUCGCCUUUUGAACUUAGUUCAGCAGCAAUUAAGAUCGGCGUCUGAAUCAGUUCAGCCGGUCUUAAUAACUUGGGUCGGCCUUAAUUCGAAUUAGGUUCGGCUCAUGAAAAGUUCGGCGUCAGAAUCGGGCCUAAGUCGUUUUAAAGUGAAGCUCCACUUCAACAAAAAGAUAACUUUAAAUCACAGGAAAUAACUGUUACAGUCAAGUCAAUCUAAAAUAUUUUUAAAGACAGCGUUUGUAUCCGAAAGAAAUAACUUUUAGAUUCGCCAAUUUUUGUUUUCAAAGUUUGCGGGCGUCGCCAUCUUGAAUAAUUGUGACGUGUAAUGGUUGCCCCAUUGUUAUUAAACAAAAGCUCUUUGUGUCAGAACAAUAGAGCAACCGUAACACGUCACAAUUAUUCAAGAUGGCGGCACCCGCGAAAUUUGAAAGUGAAAAUAAGCGAUUUUAAAAUUCACUUUUCCUGAUAUAAACACUUUUUUUAAGACAAAUUUCGAACAAAUUUGUUUAUCAACAUAAUUUUAUUCGAUUUAAACGUAUUCUGUAGUAAGAGUGGAGGUUCCCUUUAAUAGCUGUCGCCGUCGUUGAUGCUUUGGGAGCGUUGCCAUAAGCAACAACGAUGGUGACGGCCAGGUGGGAGACUGGGUAACAUUAUACCGUAUACCUUUUCAUGUCAACAUAAGAAGCCCUGCGGUAUGAUAUGAACACCUGUUCACAGUGCGUCAGAGAGUGUCAUCGAAACCUAUCCGAUAUGUGAUGAUCCGUUUUCAAGAUCGACGCGGCAUAGGCUCGCUCCGUUACAGAAGCCGCGCCGAACAUGCCGAAAUCACGGUUCUCUGUUGUGAACAGAAGCCUGUUGUAUAUCCGAUAGGGAUUUCUUGCCAGUGUAUGAGCUAUCGGUUGUAUUAUGGACACAGCCUUAGGGGGAGGGGUGGGGCGGCUAUAUGUCUUCCCUCGUUUUACGGCGGUUGCAUGAAUUCGGGCGCUUUAUUUCGAUUGCGUGUAGUUCGACACGUGCCCAGUUGCAUACCUUCCUCUGCUUAGCCCAGUUGCAUGCUUCUUCUCUUUGCAUAGAUUGCAUAUCUUCCGUUUUCUCCGCGGAGGGAGCUACACGUAAGCUUAUGUUACAGCGCUUACCAACAAUUGGGCAUUUCCAUUCGUUCUACUUCUUGCCCAUUUUCCCGCUGCAGUCGAUUUAUGGCGUUGCUGGAGUUUUAUUUAAAUCUCGUAAGUUUUUGAUAGUGGGUAUGCAAAAACUUUGUUUUUUGUUUCAGUUGUUGCUGUCGACCAGUUACUUCUGGAGAAACUACGUCGAUCAUAAUUUUGACUUUAAUGAUGAUGACGACGAAGAAUUAACAGGCAUGUUGCACGAACUUGGAAGUACUUGGAUCUUUGGCAAUGGUACGGGGAUGUUACCGAGUAUACCCCAAGGGGAUCUGUUUGAGGAGUUCCCUAGAAGGUGGAAAUCUGGUAUUAUUCACCCGGUUGGUCCGGACGUUCAUGUAAACGUGGAAGACCACAAGUCUUUUUGCGAGGCGCUGUAUCAGCUGCAGAAACUCAAGAAUGAAAUUGAUGAGCGAGAAAUUGUUUACAGUAAGUUCUUUUAUUCUUUUGUAAUUUGCACCGAGCAAGAUUUUUCUUCAAGUUGGUCGUUUUAUUUCAAAGGAUCCAAACGGAUGGACUAGCGUGCGCUUAGUAAGGAUAUCGUGCUAACUGAAGAAAGCAGCACUGUAUACCUUGUUAUAGGAAAUUAGCGCUUUAUUCACCAUUUUCACAUAGACCAUAAUGCACCUUGGUUACACCCCAAAAUUUUGCAUAUCCAUUGUUUCGAAUAGGCCAUUUUACAGUUAUGGAUGGAAGCGAGGCUGGAGGUGACCUUGUUUUGAUGCAAGCCUGCUUUAUUAUGUAAAUCAAGUUGUUCUUAUGCUAACUAGUAUUUUUCAAGGGCAUCAAAACAAGAUCAACCUCAGCCUCACAUUCACUCGAAGGCUAGGGUACUAAGUCCACAACUGUAAAAUGGUCCAUUGUUAUUUAUAGUCAUCCAAAGAGAAAUCAAAGACAAUGGUUAUGCAAAAAGUUUGAGGGUAAACAAGGGGCAUUAUGGUCUAUGUGAAAAUGGUGAAUGAAAUUAAGGUAUUGGAAAUUAACGCGACUUAAGUGGAAAACGGCUUUCGAAUAAAGGAAAGUAACGCGAAAGAGGGGAUAACAUUUCAAAACAAAGUCAAUUAACGCGACUUUCACAAAGAACCAAAACUUGCUGAGAUAACGGGAACAAAGUUAAACGUAUAUUCCGAAAUCAAAACUUUCUUCGUGGUUCCCUGAACGUACGCACGGGGGUCAAGCGAAGAACUGAGGCCACCUCGAGGGUUCUUCACAGUUUCACUGUCUCUGGAAUGGAAACAGUAAAGAUCGCAGAAAUUAAUGCUCGACUUAAUUAACGGCGCGGAAAUUAACGUUUACAAAAAUUAACGCGACUCAGUAAAUCAACGUGGAAUUCGCGUCAAUUUCAAGAAGCGUCAAGUUCCUAUAAUAAGGUAGUCAGAGGUGUAGCCAGGAUUUUUCAAAGAGGAGGUUCGCACUGUCACACUCAGCGUUUACUUACCAGAUUGUCAUAAUGAUAUCCACAUCCAUGCCGCGAUUUUCUAAUAUAAAAGAAACGUUUAUCUCGGAUAAGCAGUUCGCAUCUGAGGGGAGGGGGAAUAGGUGCUGCGUCAGAUCAUACGAAAAAACACUAAUUACGGCACCAUAUACAAGCUGGAGCAAACAUUCUUUAAUACCUUGAUGAACGUUAGGUUCUCGUCUUCAGCUGCCUUUUCCUAUCCCAGCUCAGGAUAUAAAGAGAUAUUUAGUCUAGAAGCAGAUAUUCUUCAAAUAGCAAUUGUCAUAUCCGUCGAGUUGUAUUUUUGCUGUUCUUGCUAUGUUUUUAGGCACUAGUUCGGCUUUUUCUCCUUCCGACGACACCGCAGGAGCCGUGCACCGUGCCAACACGUAUCACGGUCCCCCGGCAGGCGGUUAACAGUGUACAGUAAGUGAACUCGCAUUCAACCACUAUGGAGAGGGGGGGCUGUACAUUUUUCGAGUGGUCCCCUGGGUUAAAAAAUGGAGAUGAUACUUCGAUCUGAUGUACAGAUGGUGUCAAUAGUUUUACCUCUAUCUUUGGUUGCAGUUCGAUCGUUGGCUUUAAGAGGGUCUCAAUGGGGCUAACCAUCAGCAGUCAAACGGUCUAAAAUUUAACCGUCAACCUUCAAAAAAGGUUAAUCUUUACCGUCAGCCUUCAAAAAUGUCAAUUAAUAUUAACCGUAAAAGAAUUUCAAGGUAUUUUAAAUCUCACUAUUUCAGCUGAUCCUCACGGGAUUCUGGCUCCUGAAGAAUCUCUAAACUGUAAAAACCAGUUCCCAUGUUCUCAAAAACACUCUUUUUAGACAUUACAACUUGCCUAUAUUGCUGAAAUUAUUUGGAAAUUUUAUAAGUGAAAGGCGAAGACAACCUCCAAACACAACAGUUAAUUGGUACCGCAAGUAAAAGUUCCCUUUUUGGCCCUGUAAUGAAUUCUUUAUUAACCAAGCUUGUUCGGUCAAAAAUAUUGGCCUCGUUUUUUCUUGCGUUUUUAUUAACAUCGAAUGCUUCUCGGGAAAAAAACGUCAACCGUCAAAGCUACCACCCCAUUGGGACCGUUCUUUAUCGUUUAGUAGUGUCAGGUGAAGAGUUUUGUGAUAAAGUGGAACAAGUGUAAUACGCGACGAUAAAUGAUGAACCGUUGUUCUCCGUCUAUAGCCGCCCUGCACAACUAGGGUUUUGGGGGGCACUGAGGGGCGAGCGUGAAGCGCAAGACACGAGAGGAGGGUCUUCUCUCCUUUCCUACCUAUCGCGCUUCGCGCUCGCGCAAGAAAACCUGCUUGAGCGCCCCCAAUAAUGCCUGUUAUGAAGGCUAUCUCGUCUACCGUUUAAGCGUUGACUUUUAAAACGGGAGCCUUGACCGCAACAGUUUUUACUCCGCUACAUUUAGAUACAGCGACUUUGGCUAGUUACGUUACUUUGCGAACUUUUCGAUCUCUUCUGAGCAUACCGUAAAUCCACUUUUAAGCAGGUUUGAGGGGGGGUGACUUAUUUAAGAGGGGGGAGGGCGUAAUUAAGUCAUCGAAAUAGGGCACCAUACUGUGAAACAACUAGAAGGGUGGUAUAAUUCUCAAAAAAAAAAACUAGGACUCAAAGUGAAAAUGCGUAAUCACAUGGCUUAAGAGGUCUUGCAGCUCAAAAACAGAUCCGAACUUCCAGCACAUAAAUGAACCAUACCGGAUCAGCUAUCUUUUACUUACUUGUUAGUGAAAAAAUAAGGGAACUGCUAGGGAGGCUUAAGAGAGAGGUGAACUUAAUAACUUUCUCCCCCUGAAAAGGGGGGAGGGGGUCAUUAGAGAGAGGGCUUUUUGAGGGGGAGGUGCUUAAUAGAGGAUAUACAGUAGGUACUGUUUGAAUUUUUAUUUCUGGUAACUUUCUUUCCACCCUAGCUGGGCCGCGUGGAGACCGAGGAGAGUGCCCUAUAGACGUCAUCUUAUUUUCCUGGGUUAAGGAUCAGCUUCCGUCCGUAAAAGAAAUCAUCGAGAUACUUCACUUAAAUACGAAUCUUCAUUUACACGUCAUUUAUGAGACAUCGGAGAGGCGCUUUGGGGAAGGAGACGAACUUGGCAAAUUGUUCAAGUGCCGAAGACAACUUCCGGGCGAAAGUAGUUUUUUCGAAACGUUACCAAAGGUCAUAGACGGGUAUGUGUUAUAGGAAACAGCACUUCAGUUGUUGUUGUUGUUGUUGUUGUUGUUAUUUUUAUUCUAGCUUCUAUUUUUUAAAAUAAUCACAUUAAUCACACGUGCUCAAUUCCGACGAUCCUACGGAAAUAUAGGGGAUAUUGUGAGCAGUCUACCUUGGUGAUAUAGACCAGCAGUAAGCAAUUAGAACGACGCGUUCGUCAACAAAGUGACUAUAGUACGUAAAACAACAAAUAAGCCUAUAAUACAAAACCACGAUAAUUGAUAUCUCUUCCUAUAUUCUAUCCCUCCUUUUUCCGUAGAUUCGUGAAAGUGCGCGUGGAUUAUCAAGGCCGAAUGAAUAGUUUCAGACCAUCCCCGGUCUUCAUUCUUACCCAGCUCUCCCCUGGUUGGUGCGGCGGAGUGUUGACAGGAGUCUGGUAACAAAAACAGCGUCGUACCUGUCGAUUACACUGGAAACUUGCCUUAUUUGGGCAUAUGAUUUCCCGCCCGGCUCAUGAGAGAAGAUUUACCACUGAAAGCGGUGUCGAAUUAAGUUAUUGUAACAGAGCAAGCGAGAUAUAUAUACUUAGAUUUAAGAAACUUUAAUUUAUUGUCGCGUUAUACGUUAAGCUGCAACCUUAUUUGGGCAUAUGAUUUCCCGCCCGGCUCAUGAGAGAAGAUUUACCACAGAAAGCGGUGUCGAAUUAAGUUAUUAACUUAGAUUUAAGAAACUUUAAUUUAUUGUUGCGUUAUACGUUAAGCUGCUACUGAUGCGUUUUCGUUCCCUGCACGCUAGACUAGGGUAUAUAAAAAAAGACAUAAUACGUUAGUGACUUUAUUUUACUGGUUGCACUUAAUCUGUUUCAGGGGCGGAUCAAGGAUAUUUUUUAGGAGGCGGUGCACUCGUCUCUUGCUCUACUUCAACACCAAUAAACCGCAUAGUUUUUUUUUGCAGAAUACCAGUUGUACUAGAAAACCGCAGGUCUUCCUAGAAGGGGGGGGGGGUACGCACCCCCUGCACCCUCCCCCUAGAUCCGCCCCUGUGUUUGUGAAGGAAUAGGUGUUCAUUUUUAAAUUCUUACAUACUGUAGUAAGAGUUAGGAAUUUAUAAAAAUUUCAUGUACUUUCCAGAAAGCGAAAGAUAUUAUUUUCAUAAGGUGAAAAGUGUUUUUGUAUCCUGGUAUUCGUACUUAAAUAAGUCUAAAAGUAAUAGAUAUUGAUCAAGGAUUAAAAAAAUCCUUGAUUUAAUGAUUGGGCAGUGUUUGUCUAAUAAAUCUUCUAAGUUUGUCGAGAUAAAACGCAAAGGAACCGUGAUAACAUUUACCGGCGUUAAUCAGUAACGCCUAAUCCUUUAGUUUUGUGAGCCUUGUUCUGCACUACCUUUAUUGGACGGUUUCCGUGAUAAUAUAGCUACAAAACGAUUUGCUGUCGAGUUUAGUAACAGGGGCACCCAACGGGAAAUUUUGAGAAAAAGACCUAAAAACAACAACAAAGCGUGAAUAAAGUUUUCUGAGACUAUUUUAAGCAUUUUGGGAGAUUGCUGGAAAAAAAUUAUCUCUUCCUCACUCCCAGCAAGACUGAUGGAAGAGUUCCCAGCCAGCAACCUUAUAACCUGCAACCUGACUUACUGUGAAGUUUCAUAGGGCACAAUUCAGAACUUGAGUCGUAAGUAACUGAUACAAGUAACCCGUAGCAGCUAUUCUAGACUUCAAAUCCCCUCUGACACCCUGAAUUAUCUUUUUCCCAGCAACACUUUCCUUCCGAGGACUAUUAUUUCUUUCACAUCUCCCAGCCAGCAAAAAUGUGCCUGAAGAACAGAUAUUUUGAGGAACAGAUCCAUUGGGUGCCCCUGUAGUAAUAACUUCUCGGGUGUUUUUCCGCCUUGAAUUUUCAAUUUUUGAAUACAGCUUCUCUAAGAGUUUUCACCACACAACAAACUCGCACAGACAGGUUAAAACAAUGUAAAAUGUUGGCUGCCUCCUCCACAAGCUUUGCCAAGGCUCAGUGGGGAGCAGCGAGAAACAAUACGCGAGAGCUGGAGACAAGCGAGAAGCGCGAGGGGAUGGUUGAUGGGAACGAGCGUAGAGCGCGAGCGGGGAGUGAUCCCCGCUUUCCUUAAUAAUUAACUCAAAUAUCCCCCAAAAAGAAAUCGCGAGCGACUGGAGACGAGGCAGAAAUAUUGGUGACAACUGGCGCUCAUAAAUCGUGAAACGCUGAUUUACAUAACCUAUGAAGUUCUUUUUAUUAUCAGAAAAAAUAUAUGUAUAUUCUGAAUAGUUUCAGUUUAAGCUCUGCCUCUUUUGGAGAUUCUCAGUAACUCUAUUUGCUUUCGAACUGAAUAAAUACUCUAAAAAAUUUUAAGGUACGUAAGUAAUGUUCCGACGUCGAAACUGUUCGGCGGAAAAAUUAUCAGGUUUGUCCGACAGUUUUGCCGCCCAAACAUGUAUUGUAGUUAAAGUUUUAAACGCGAAAGUUCAUCGCAGGACCAAGUAGCCUAGUUUCUUGCGACAAGGCUGGUUAUUAUACAGUCAUAUUUUGAAGUAUAAGUUUCAGAAUAGGGAGAAUGAGAACGUGGUGAGGGCGCUUACGAAUUUCUUUAAAAGGACGCAUCUAUCUGAGGGCAGUAUGGAAUGCUUCAAAAGAAAUUAAGCUCCCUUUAGCUUUCUAGAGGAUUUUCCCGUAUGCAACUACAAAUAAGCCUAUAAUACAGUUGUUUAUUACAGAUGGCCCGGCAUCACAAGGGUACAAUGUUUAGUAUGUCUGGCCAGUGUCUUCGUGUAUUGUCUUUAGUAAGUUACUGUAAAAUUCCGAAAAUAAGCCCCGUGGCGCUUAUUUUUGUAGGGGCUUAUACACGGAGGGAAAUUUGCGUUUCAAAAUUGGCUAGGCCAUACUGGGAGGGAAAUUUACGUCUCAAAAACGAUUGGGCUAGCUUAUAGUCGGAAGGAAAUUCAUGCCAGUAAUUUUCAGAACGUUUUUACUGAAACUCGCCUUGAGGACGUAAAGCCAAGGGCAAUUGACUGUGCCGACACUCUUUGACUAUAAUCAUUUGGCGCAAGUAAAACUUCUUUGGAAAAUGCGAAAAUUUAUCUGUUACUGUACAGUUUUUGCUCUGUUUUAUUUUGAAAUUGCGGGCAAUUUCCAACCACAAGCCCCCGGAGGCUUAUAUUUGGAGGGAUGAUUUAACCGAGGGCUUUUUGUGUUACGCGUUUGGGGGCCUUAUAUUUGGAGGGGCUUAUUCUCGGAAUAUUACGGUAUUGUACCGCCCUCUUUUUAAUUACUAUAAUAGUGUUUUCUUCACUUACGAAUUUGAUUGGCUACUUAAGAACGGUAUCAGACAUCUUUAAACUAAAUAAAUCGCGUGACCAUCGUGGUCAGAUUGUCUUUCCAUGUCGAUACCAUUCGUAUCUAGAGAAGAGGACGCAGUCACCGGGCACGAAUACUCGCAAAAGAACCCAGUUCUUUCAAAUUCAACUGAAAAAAGUGUUUUACGCUAAUACUAGAACGCCACCUGCGGUAACCGAGAAACGGCCUUUCGUUUCUUAAUUCACGUGAUUUGGAGGAAGUUUCAGUUUUUAAAAUCCAGCUUCGGCAAAGCCCGAAAGCUUGCUGUACCAGAGAGGCGAAAGGAAACAUCACUCUCUUGGAUCUUUGCCCAAAUGAUGAUGUUGGUUUGUGAAUUUGGCUGGAUUAUUUGUCUCCUUGUUUUCUCCAUAAGCCGCAGUACAGGUAAAGGCCUCCUUCUUUCCGUUUUGCUAUUUCUUUAAAUUUUUCUAAUAGAUUCGAUUAAAGAGGGCAACUAUAAUUUAACCGGUAUUUUUUGGCCAAAACAUAUAACCGUUUCAGUAAUUCGAUUCAGUUUUGUGAAGAAAAAAAUUAGACGCCGAGGUAUUUUUCAGUCUACUAUUUCCGCGAGAAGAAAUGAAACCGAAAAUGAAAAAGGUUUUUUUCCCUUGCAUUCUUCAUUAAUCUUCAAAUAUGUAAUCAGGGUCGACUAUCGUUUCGGUCGACAAGUUUCUCCUGCAGCCUUAAUUACUAGAAAAUUACAAGAGCGCUGGUGAAAAUGUCGAAAAUGUAAAAGCCAUGAGUUGAACUAGGACAAGUCGACUGCCGAGAAUCUCUUCUGCAUGAGCCACGACAGGGCGUUAGGUUCGAUAUAGACUUUAAUUUCUCAAAGGCCCGUUUCUACCGUCGUUCGCUUUUGGAGCUCACGCAGUCGACUUGUGACAAGUCUAGGUUUAUUGAAUUCUAUUUCUUUAAGUUUUUGUAAUAGAUUCUUUGUAAAUUAAAUUAACGACGAGCACAUAAACUCAACGCGCUCUUAAUAUCUUUCUACGACUGAAAUUCUUUUUAGUUUUUACUGUUAUCACUUUUAAAAACUCGUUUUUCCUUCAUAUUCCUCCCUUAAAGAGAGCAAAUUUAAACGGCAUUUUUCGCCCAAAACAUACAACUGUUUCAGUCAUCGAUUCAGUUUUCAGAAGAAAAAAAUUAGACGCCCGGGGUAUUUUUUGUAUUCAGUCUAUAAAUUUUCUGGGGAAGAAACUAAACCGAAAAUGACAGAUGGUUUUUUUUCCCUGCACUCUUCAAACAUGUAAUCAUGGUCGACUCUCGUUUCUCUCGAAAAAUUUCUCCUGCAGCCUUACUAGAAGAUUACAAUAGCGCUGGUGAAAAUGUCGAAAAUGUAAAGGCCAUGAGUUGAGCUAUAGGACAAGUCGACUGGAUUCUUUUCUGUAUGAGCCACGACGGGCGCUAGGUUCGAUAUAGACUUUGUCAAAGCCCGUUUCUGCCGUUGCUCGCCUUCGGCGCUCACGCAGUCGACUUGUGGCAAGUCUAGCCUAGGUUCAUUAAAAAAUCGCUAAUGAAAUGGCAUUAUGUUAUAGCCCACGUUAGAUAUAUCAGAAUUCUAACAUGACUACGACGCUUUAGGGACAUAACUAUAAAGGCGAUGUAUUCACGGGUAAAGACAUCAUGUUUUCAAGCAAAAAUUUAAAACUAGGAAUUGUUUUUUAUUGAAUUCGGCUUUCGUAUCUCCUGAAGAAUUAUAAAGAUAUUGGAGUGUUUUAUCCCAUAACACCCUCCUCGAUCUUCAUAAUCAUUCAGAUGAUACUCAGCCACAUUUAAUAAUUGCUAAAUAUCAUAUACAUAGAAAAUGGCAGUAUGCGUUUCUAGACACGUGUAUAGUUAAGCAAUAGACCACACUUUCUAUGGGUUUACGGGCGUGAUAACCCACGCGGGAUGUUGGGAGAACACGAGAAAAGCUUGUAAAUCACGAGCCGAACCCGCGUGGGUUAUCACGCCGGUCAGAGGCCAUACCAAUAUUUUUCAAUGACCUUGAAAGUGAUUUUAUCCUUGUCUGAUCGCUAUAAAAUUUUCAACUAUGAUUGUGUUUAAAUUGAAAUUUGUCAAAAUGUAGGUUUUAGUAAAUUCGAUAUUACACAUAAUCUUCACAUAAUCUUUAUAAGGUAUAUAAUAAUGUCUGAAACUUUCAUUAAGAUUGAUUCACUGCAACACCUUGAAAUUUCAAGACAAACCUAUCCUACGAACUGGUCAAAAUUCCGAGCUACAACAUUCACUGUUUUGACGUUCUGUUAAUUUUUCCCAAAUUAAUGCAGACAAUUCAUAUAUCCAUGACUAGUACAUUUCAGUGUGAGUACUGUCAAUGUCUUACAUUCAGAAGAUGCGAUAAAUUCAAACUAAAAUGUACUAGUCAUGGAGGUAUGUAUAGUGUGCAUCAUUUUGGAAAAAUUUAAGCUUAACGUCAAAACAGUGAAUGUUGUAACGCAGAUUUUUGACAGGUUCGUAUGAAAGGUUUGUCUUGAAAUUUUAAGAUGUUGCAGUGGGGCAAUCUCAAUGAAAGUUUCAGACCUUAUUAUAUACAUUAUGAACAUUAUGUGAAGAGAUUUUAAAACAAUUCGUUCUAGUCGUUUCAGAGAUAUACCGCAGUAUAUCCCAGGAUAUAUCAGGAUUCUCUUUGGAUUCCCUCGCAAAAAGUGGAUUCCCUUUAUUAAUAUGUCAGAUAUGUAUGUGUCUUCCUGCAUACUAAUUAAUUGCCUUCCUCCAUAUAUAAUGAAGUGGAUAGGUUUACUAAUUAUGAGCGUCACUCUACUACAAUAGGAACAAUAGGCUUGCCUAGACUUGCCCGGGCUCUUUUAACCCUGAUUGGAUAGUAAACAAUCUAUUAUGUGCGGAUUCCCUUCAGUAUUUCAUUCUCGCAAUCUCGCAAUCGCUUUGCCAAGGAAAAAAGUCUUACGAUCACCAAUAUUUUUUAAAACAUUGCUCCAAACAUGCAAGUCGAAUCGAGAUGUAAACUCUUUAUUUCAAGUUUGUCUGACUAUUACAAUGAAAAACCAUUGAAGUCUUGUCAUUUUCACGCACGGUUAAUCAGUUAACUAUGCGAGUUCACAAGCCCAAAGUUGAAUACGAAUUAACUCUACAGGAAAAACCUCAAGGGAGCACCUUGACGUAUUAUUAUAAACAAAUAACUUAACAAGGAUCAAUUAAAACACGCGACUUAUAAUUGCUAGAAAAAAAAACACAUGAGAGAUACCGUUUUAAAAAACUUUAUUAAAAACAAAAAGAGUCAAAUACACAGCGAUUUGUAAUAAGGAAUGGAAAUUAAUUAAUUCCUUCUUCUUCGCCUAUCGAGUACUUGUAAGGUUUGAAUUUCUUAUGCCGACGUUUUUUCAGCUGUUUGCCAUGAGAUUUAUGAUCAUCCAAAUAAUUUAGAUAUUGAAUCCGACGCCUUUUGCGCUUCGGGCCUUGUUGUGAUGGGGUUUCUACUGUGGGAGGAGGGGUCGGGUAAGCAGGAUUUAAGGCUGGUGGAGGGGUGAGGCUUUCUUUGUCAGGUUUUUGAGAGAUAGCCGCUUGUGUUAAUUCAGGUGUUACAUUAAAGGGGUUGAGGGGAGUCGAGAAUGCUGUCGUUGCUGUAGAAGAAUCUUGUGUCCUUGAUGUUAAGUCUGGAACAGUACUGAUUAUUUCUUCCGGUCGUGUUCUUGUAUUUAAUUGUUCUUUAAACGCCAGGUAUCUGUUUUGCAACUGAACGUAUCGCUUAGCUUUUUCAUCGUCCCGAAGAUCGUUUCGAGAAAGCACGUCAUCCAUGUUGCCUUGUAUUUAUUACGUAGCUGGAAGAAGCGGGACACGCGAAAGACUUUGCUGCUUCAGAUAUUUUAGAAGCUCUUGAGGAAUAUUUUCUUGAACCCCUGCUUGGUUAAAGCCUUCUUCACUAGGCAGGACGUUUGUUCGCAACCGACAAUUAUCUUGGGUAGUAGUUUUCAAAUCAAUCAGAAGAUAACCAAAAGGUCUUUUCACAGCCUCUUCGUACUGAUUUAAAAACAAAUCCGUCUGCCCGGGAUACAUUUGCUUCGCCAGAGUCAGGAUUUGCAAUUUGUCUCGUGGAUUCUUGAAUAACACCAGAUAAUGGCUGUUUAGGCUUAUGCUGCGGCUACCUUUCCCCUGAUGAAAUAGAUUCUGCAUGAUAUAAAUACGCUCAGAUGGCGAUGAUGAGAACCACGAGUAAAGAGGUUCACAAUUCGCUUGUCUUUACUGGCGUCAAUCAUCUGAUCAUCAAACACGAUCAAAUUCCGUUUGUUCACAUCAAAAUAGGAAUCCUGCUCCAACAGCCGUAGGAAUUCCCGUGACGAAUUCAAUGUUUGGCAUGGCGACUAACAUUUGUGUAUAUGCAGUCUGCCAUUGUGAAUAACACCAAACGAUCCUCUCCGGAGGAGGGUAAAUGGUCUCUGAAGCUUGUUGCAAUCGAACCCAGGCCGUUUUUCCGGAACCGGUCACUCCGGCAAUCAAGGAGGUGAAAGGAUGCUCGAAGCGAAACCGCUGACAUUUCUGUGAAAAUAUUGGAACUGUUUGAAAUGGGGUGAGACCAGCAUUGCGGUGUUUAGACAUCACGUGCCUUUGCAUACUAUCUUUUCUACUAAAGGAUUUUUCACAGGCAGAACAGAACCAACUCAUGUCAACUCCUCGGGAGCAAAAUGUAGACUGAGAAAGAGGGAGAAUGUUGCGCAUUUAUAAAGGUUUUCAGGCCACAAAAUUCUAUUGUUUUCCUCCCCCAAGACCACCACCACCAUCACCACCACCACAUUUCUAUUGUUUUUCCUCCACCACCACCACCACCGUCACCACAUUUCUAGUGUUUUCCCUCCACCACCCCACCACAACAUUUCUAUUUUUUCCCCCACCACCACCACCGUCACCACAUUUCUAUUGUUUUCCUCCACCACCACCGCCACCACAUUUCUAUUGUUUUCCCUCCACGAAAUUCUAUAAAAGACUGCCAACUGCCAUCUUUAGUUCACUUUGAAGCAAUGUCUCGUGUCGUGAACAACAAUCGUGGUUUUCUUCAGCUGUUAGCUGAUUGCCCUGCUUAUCAGCGCCAGUUUCUUUUAAAGACAGCUACUCCACAACAACUACAUGCACUAGUCCAAGUCUUAUACAAUAUACUCAUGGGACACAUUCCUAUCUCCGAAGAAAAUAAGCGGAUAUUACUGCCACAUAAGGAUGCUUUACUUAACCUGGCCAGACCAAAUGUCCCUUUCAAAACAAAUAAACGAGUCCUUGUUCAAGAGGGUGGUGGUUUUAUUGAAGAUGUAUUAGCCCCUUUUGUUUCAAGCUUAGGAUUUCUAAUGCUAUAAAAGAGGUGACGCAUCGCUAGGUUGAUCAUUCGAAGCUAAGCCUGUCACGGGUACUCAUCAAAAUGAAAAGAAAGAUAGAUUUGGUUGAAGAAGAAGAACACGAGAUUGAACAUGAAGAACGCGAAAGUUGCCCGGGGCAUGGAAAUUUCCUUUGUCCCGGGCGAGCAUGGUUUCUCCUCCUUCCAAGUUGAAAAUGUCCACUGGAAAUGUAUGUGUGCUACUCACUAGUGUAUCAUUAAAAUUAAGUUUCAGAAGUCCUACAGAAAAAAAACAAAAAGGAACAAACAAACCAACACUCUUCGGUAACUAUCUAAAUGCGAUCAACAGACCAGGCUUUUGAAGCUUUUCUCAUAAAUAAUUCGGUACACUUAGGGACCAGUCAUAAUUUAAGUUGGAGGGGGGAGUGGAGGAGAAAUUUUAUUCCAAAUUUUUUCCAGACCCCCACCAAUAGCACCCAUGUUUUUUAGGUACCCCCCUUCAAUCAUGUUAAAAGAUUUAAGGGCCCCCCUUUCUUGUACAUAAUACCCAAAUGGUAAUAACAAAUAACAUUUUCUUUACUUUACCGUUCUUACUCACUGUCACCUCCGAAUGUGCCAACUAACAACAGAGAAGCACUUCACACUAAAGUGAGAAAGAGAUUUCACCUAGAGCCUCUCAAACAGCUUAUAGAGCAAGGAUAUAUCAGUGAUUGUGUUAUGAUUGAGAUAAGACAAGCCAUCGAAAGGUGAGAGGCCGACAGGACCGCUUCAAGGAAGAAAGAAGAUAAUCAGCCAAAGCUUACUGCUUUUUAUAUGAGCAGUACAUGCUCUAAUAGCAAAAAACUUGACGGUGACACAGACAGUGAGUCCACAUCAACCUCAUCUACAAAUAUUGAUUCGGAUAGUGAGAUUGCAUAACGUGACUUUAUGCGUGUAAUCAUUUGUUACAAAAUGCUGAUGAAAUUGUUUAAGUGUUACACAAUAAUGGAUGUUGUGUUGAUGCACUUACUAUUUGAGCAUUAAAUCUUUUUGUAAAAAUGCUGAUUAAAUUGUUUUAGUAUUACAAAAUAUAGGACUUUGUGUAAAACUGAAUCAAAAUCAGGUCCUUUAGUACUCAAGCAUCAUGCUGCUCAGUAGGGAUGCUACUUAAAUGAAACUUGAAGACCCCCCAAGGUCAUCUUUUGGCAUUUUAAGGCCCCCCAUAUUCCAUCCAAAAAAAUUGAAGGCCCCCUAAAUUUCUCCUCCACCCCCUCCAACUUAAAUUAUGACUGGUCCCUUAUUAAUCAUUAAUUAUUCGCAUAAUUUAUGAUCACGCUUACCUCAACUUCUCUAGCUGCAAUAAAAUAAAAAAAAAAGCAAAUAUGUAUUCUAGGCGACUGAAACUAUCAUUUUCUUGGAAUGAAGCAAAUUCAUUGAGAAAGAUGGUCGAGAUUUUACCUUCCUCGAGGUCAUCCAUAUCUGUGAAGCAGAGCGCGUCGUGUAACGCAACCACAACCACAAGUUUAUAACAUGAUCUAAGAGGAACUGGCACUAGUAAAACAAAAUGGCACCUGAAAGCCACGGAGAGAAAAAGGAUGAUCUGGCCUUUUUUACCCUCCAAAUGGGUUAAACUUUCAGUUUUGAUGAAUUAAUUUAAUUUUUUUGAUUGCUCCGAGUUGAUCCGAGUCCAAUUUUGUUUUAUUUUUAUUUUUUUAUUCGAUCCGAGUUGGUCCGAGUCGAUCCGACCCGGACUGGCGGUCCGAGUUGAUCCGGUCCGACUUUUGUACCUGCCUAGAUAGAAAGGAGAAAACAGUUCUGUAAUAGUCAGACAAACUUGAAAUAAAGACUUUACAGCUCGAUUCGACUUGCAUGUUUAGAGCAAUGUUUUAAAAAAUAUUGGUGAUAGUAAGACUUUUUCCUUAGCAAAGUGAUUGCGAGAAUGAAAUACUGAAGGGAAAGCGCGCUUUUAUGUUAAACACAUAAUAGAUUGUUUACUAUCCAAUGAGGGUUAAAAGAGCCCGGGCAAGUCUAGGCAAGCCUAUUGUUCUUAUUGUAGUAGAGUGACGCUCAUCAGUUAACCUAUCCACUUCAUUAUAUAUGGAGGAAGGCACUUAAUUAGUAUGCAGGAAAUCCAAAUUAGUAUGCAGGAAGACACAUACAUAUUAAGAAGCCCUGCGCCUAAGAAACGACCGAUGAUUUCCGGCUAAAAAAUAAAAUCGGCCGAUUUUUAUCUCCCAAGUAGAGGUUACCGAAUACUAUUCAAAAAUGAAUUUCUUUUGUUUCAGUUUCGCUUUAAACCAAAAAUAUCGAGCCGCAAACUUUUUCCGUCUGAGUCUAAGUUACUGUAAAAUUCCGAAAAUAAGCCCCGUGGCGCUUAUUUUUGUAGGGGCUAAUAUUCGUAGGGGCUUAUACACGGAGGGAAAUUUGCGUUUCAAAAUUGGUUAGGCCAUACUGGGAGGGAAAUUUACGUCUCAAAAUCGAUUGGGCUAGCUUAUAGUCGGAAGGAAAUCAGUCAUGCCAGUAAUUUGCAGAAAGUUUUUACUGAAACUCGCCUUGAGGACGUAAAGCCAAGAGCAAUUGACCGUGCCGACACUCUUUGACUAUAAUUAUUUGGCACACGUAAUACUUCUUUGGAAAAUGUGAAAAUUUAUCUGUUACUGUACAGUUUUUGCUCUGUUUUAUUUUGAAAUUGAGGGCAAUUUUCAAGCACAAGCCCCCGGAGGCUUAUAUUUGGAGGGAUGAUUUAACCGAGGGCUUUUUGUGUUACGCGUUUGGGGGCCUUAUAUUUGGAGGGGCUUAUUCUCGGAAUAUUACGGUAUUGUACCGCCCUCUUUUUAAUUACUAUAAUAGUGUUUUCUUCACUUACGAAUUUGAUUGGCUACUUAAGAACGGUAUCAGACAUCUUUAAACUAAAUAAAUCGCGUGACCAUCGUGGUCAGAUUGUCUUUCCAUGUCGAUACCAUUCGUAUCUAGAGAAGAGGACGCAGUCACCGGGCACGAAUACUCGCAAAAGAACCCAGUUCUUUCAAAUUCAACUGAAAAAAGUGUUUUACGCUAAUACUAGAACGCCACCUGCGGUAACCGAGAAACGGCCUUUCGUUUCUUAAUUCACGUGAUUUGGAGGAAGUUUCAGUUUUUAAAAUCCAGCUUCGGCAAAGCCCGAAAGCUUGCUGUACCAGAGAGGCGAAAGGAAACAUCACUCUCUUGGAUCUUUGCCCAAAUGAUGAUGUUGGUUUGUGAAUUUGGCUGGAUUAUUUGUCUCCUUGUUUUCUCCAUAAGCCGCAGUACAGGUAAAGGCCUCCUUCUUUCCGUUUUGCUAUUUCUUUAAAUUUUUCUAAUAGAUUCGAUUAAAGAGGGCAACUAUAAUUUAACCGGUAUUUUUUGGCCAAAACAUAUAACCGUUUCAGUAAUUCGAUUCAGUUUUGUGAAGAAAAAAAUUAGACGCCGAGGUAUUUUUCAGUCUACUAUUUCCGCGAGAAGAAAUGAAACUGAAAAUGAAAAAGGUUUUUUUCCCUUGCAUUCUUCAUUAAUCUUCAAAUAUGUAAUCAGGGUCGACUAUCGUUUCGGUCGACAAGUUUCUCCUGCAGCCUUAAUUACUAGAAAAUUACAAGAGCGCUGGUGAAAAUGUCGAAAAUGUAAAAGCCAUGAGUUGAACUAGGACAAGUCGACUGCCGAGAAUCUCUUCUGCAUGAGCCACGACAGGGCGUUAGGUUCGAUAUAGACUUUAAUUUCUCAAAGGCCCGUUUCUACCGUCGUUCGCUUUUGGAGCUCACGCAGUCGACUUGUGACAAGUCUAGGUUUAUUGAAUUCUAUUUCUUUAAGUUUUUGUAAUAGAUUCUUUGUAAAUUAAAUUAACGACGAGCACAUAAACUCAACGCGCUCUUAAUAUCUUUCUACGACUGAAAUUCUUUUUAGUUUUUACUGUUAUCACUUUUAAAAACUCGUUUUUCCUUCAUAUUCCUCCCUUAAAGAGAGCAAAUUUAAACGGCAUUUUUCGCCCAAAACAUAUAACUGUUUCAGUCAUCGAUUCAGUUUUCAGAAGAAAAAAAUUAGACGCCCGGGGUAUUUUUUGUAUUCAGUCUAUAAAUUUUCGGGGGAAGAAACUAAACCGAAAAUGCACUCUUCAAACAUGUAAUCAUGGUCGACUCUCGUUUCUCUCGAAAAAUUUCUCCUGAAGCCUUACUAGAAGAUUACAAUAGCGCUGGUGAAAAUGUCGAAAAUGUAAAGGCCAUGAGUUGAGCUAUAGGACAAGUCGACUGGAUUCUUUUCUGUAUGAGCCACGACGGGCGCUAGGUUCGAUAUAGACUUUGUCAAAGCCCGUUUCUGCCGUUGCUCGCCUUCGGCGCUCACGCAGUCGACUUGUGGCAAGUCUAGCCUAGGUUCAUUAAAAAAUCGCUAAUGAAAUGGCAUUAUGUUAUAGCCCACGUUAGAUAUAUCAGAAUUCUAACAUGACUACGACGCUUUAGGGACAUAACUAUAAAGGCGAUGUAUUCACGGGUAAAGACAUCAUGUUUUCAAGCGAAAAUUUAAAACUAGGAAUUGUUUUUUAUUGAAUUCGGCUUUCGCAUCUCCUGAAGAAUUAUAAAGAUAUUGGAGUGUUUUAUCCCAUAACACCCUCCUCGAUCUUCAUAAUCAUUCAGAUGAUACUCAGCCACAUUCAAUAAUUGCUAAAUAUCAUAUACAUAGAAAAUGGCAGUAUGCGUUUGUAGACACGUGUAUAGUUAAGCAAUAGACCACACUUUCUAUGGGUUUACGGGCGUGAUAACCCACGCUGGAUGUUGGGAGAACACGAGAAAAGCUUGUAAAUCACGAGCCGAACCCGCGUGGGUUAUCACGCCGGUAAACCCGUAGAAAGUGUGGUCUAUUGCUGAAGUAAUUAUCUCCUCCGUUUAAGGUGUUUCGAUAUUAAAGUUUUUCAGAGGCCAUACCAAUAUUUUUCAAUCGCCUUGAAAGUGAUUUUAUCCUUGUCUGAUCGCUAUAAAAUUUUCAACUAUGAUUGUGUUUAAAUUGAAAUUUGUCAAAAUGUAGGUUUUAGUAAAUUCGAUAUUACACAUAAUCUUCACAUAAUCUUUAUAAGGUAUAUAAUAAUGUCUGAAGCUUUCAUUAAGAUUGAUUCACUGCAACACCUUGAAAUUUCAAGACAAACCUAUCCUACGAACUGGUCAAAAUUCCGAGCUACAACAUUCACUGUUUUGACGUUCUGUUAAUUUUUCCCAAAUUAAUGCAGACAAUACAUAUAUCCAUGACUAGUACAUUUCAGUGUGAGUACUGUCAAUGUCUUACAAUCAAAAGAUGCGAUAAAUUCAAACUAAAAUGUACUAGUCAUGGAGGUAUGUAUAGUGUGCAUCAUUUUGGAAAAAUUUAAGCUUAACGUCAAAACAGUGAAUGUUGUAACGCAGAUUUUUGACAGGUUCGUAUGAAAGGUUUGUCUUGAAAUUUUAAGAUGUUGCAGUGGGGAAAUCUCAAUGAAAGUUUCAGACCUUAUUAUAUACAUUAUGAAGAUUAUGUGAAGAGAUUUUAAAACAAUUCGUUCAAGUCGUUUCAGAGAUAUACCGCAGUAUAUCCCAGGAUAUAUCAGGAUUCUCUUUGGAUUCCCUCGCAAAAAGUGGAUUCCCUUUAUUAAUAUGUCAGAUAUGUAUGUGUCUUCCUGCAUACUAAUUAAUUGCCUUCCUCCAUAUAUAAUGAAGUGGAUAGGUUUACUAAUGAGCGUCACUCUACUACAAUAGGAACAAUAGGCUUGCCUAGACUUGCCCGGGCUCUUUUAACCCUGAUUGGUUAGUAAACAAUCUAUUAAAUGCGGAUUUCCUUCAGCAUUUCAUUCUCGCAAUCUCGCAAUCGCUUUGCUAAGGAAAAAAGUCUUACUAUCACCAAUAUUUUUUAAAACAUUGCUCCAAACAUGCAAGUCGAAUCGAGAUGUAAACUCUUUAUUUCAAGUUUGUCUGACUAUUACAAUGAAAAACUAUUGAAGUCUUGUCAUUUUCACGCACGGUUAAUCAGUUAACUAUGCGAGUUCACAAGCCCAAAGUUCAUAGUUAAUUGAGUGGAAUGGUUAUGAAACCCGUCAGACUCCUUUGUUAUAUGUUUUUGUGGACCUGAAAGUGCACAACGUUCAAAAGAAUUCCUAUCAUUUUGAUUGUAUUGACCAAUAAAAACGUUGCAUUAAUUUAUUCCGUCACAAUUUGCCAACAGAAAACAAAGGAUUGUGCACUUUCACGGUGCUUUGAACAUAAACUGCAGCACUGUUGUUUUUAUCAUUGAUGUUUGCCGUUUUUCAUAACCAGUCUCCUCUAAUAGGACAAUUGCACGAUGACGUCAUUUGACUACAACUACCAGAAUCCUUGAGUUUGUUGUUUUCUUGUGCAAAUUAAGGCUAUUGUUCUUUAAUCCUCAGCGGGAUUGACAAAUUUAAAUAACAAAGCAAAACCGAAAUGAAUUCUGGUAGUUGUAGUCAAAUAUCGUCAUCGUGCAAUUGUCCUAUAACUAUGCCAAAGUUGAAUACAAAUUAGCUCUACAGGAAAAACCUCAAGGGAGCACCUUGACGUAUUAUUAUAAACAAAUAACUUAACAAGGAUCAAUUAAAACACGCGACUUAUAAUUGCUAGUAAUAAAAACACAUGAGAGAUACCGUUUUAAAAAACUUUAUUAAAAACAAAAAGAGUCAAAUACACAGCGAUUUGUAAGGAAUGAAAAUUAAUUAAUUCCUUCUUCUUCGCCUAUCGAGUACUUGCUAGGUUUGAAUUUCUUAUGCCGACGUUUUUUCAGCUGUUUGCCAUGAGAUUUAUGAUCAUCCAAAUAAUUUAGAUAUUGAAUCCGACGCCUUUUGCGCUUCGGGCCUUGUUGUGAUGGGGUUUCUACUGUGGGAGGAGGGGUCAGGUAAGCAGGAUUUAAGGGUGGUGGAGGGGUGAGGCUUUCUUUGUCAGGUUUUUGAGAGAUAGCCGCUUGUGUUAAUUCAGGUGUUACAUUAAAGGGGUUGAGGGGAGUCGAGAAUGCUGUCGUUGCUGUAGAAGAAUCUUGUGUCCUUGAUGUUAAGUCUGGAACAGUACUGAUUAUUUCUUCCGGUCGUGUUCUUGUAUUUAAUUGUUCUUUAAACAACAGGUAUCUGUUUUGCAACUGAACGUAUCGCUUAGCUUUUUCAUCGUCCCGAAGAUCGUUUCGAGAAAGCACGUCAUCCAUGUUGCCUUGUAUUUCUUGCGUAGCUGGAAGAAGCGGGACACGCGAAAGACUUUGCUGCUUCAGAUAUUUUAGAAGCUCUUGAGGAAUAUUUUCUUGAACCCCUGCUUGGUUAAAGCCUUCUUCACUAGGCAGGACGUUUGUUCGCAACCGACAAUUAUCUUGGGUAGUAGUUUUCAGAUCAAUCAGAAGAUAACCAAAAGGUCUUUUCACAGCCUCUUCGUACUGAUUUAAAAACAAAUCCGUCUGCCCGGGAUACAUUUGCUUCGCCAGAGUCAGGAUUUGCAAUUUGUCUCGUGGAUUCUUGAAUAACACCAGAUAAUGGCUGUUUAGGCUUAUGCUGUGGCUACCUUUCCCCUGAUGAAAUAGAUUCUGCAUGAUAUAAAUACGCUCAGAUGGCGAUGAUGAGAACCACGAGUAAAGAGGUUCACAAUUCGCUUGUCUUUACUGGCGUCAAUCAUCUGAUCAUCAAACACGAUCAAAUUCCGUUUGUUCACAUCAAAAUAGGAAUCCUGCUCCAACAGCCGUAGGAAUUCCCGUGACGAAUUCAAUGUUUGGCAUGGCAACUAACAUUUGUGUAUAUGCAGUCUGCCAUUGUGAAUAACACCAAUCGAUCCUCUCCGGAGGAGGGUAAAUGGUCUCUGAAGCUUGUUGCAAUAGAGAUCGAACCCAGGCCGUUUUUCCGGAACCGGUCACUCCGGCAAUCAAGGAGGUGAAAGGAUGCUCGAAGCGAAACCGCUGACAUUUCUGUGAAAAUAUUGGAACUGUUUGAAAUGGGGCAUUGCGGUGUUUAGACAUCACGUGCCUUUGCAUACUAUCUUUUCUACUAAAGGAUUUUUCGCAGGCAGAACAGAACCAACUCAUGUCAACUCCUCGGGAGCAAAAUGUAGACUGAGAAAGAGGGAGAAUGUUGCGCAUUUAUAAAGGUUUUCAGGCCACAAAAUUCUAUUGUUUUCCUCCCCCAAGACCACCACCACCACCACCACCACCACAUUUCCAUUGUUUUUCCUCCACCACCACCACCACCGUCACCACAUUUCUAGUGUUUUCCCUCCACCACCCCACCACAACAUUUCUAUUUUUCCCCCACCACCACCACCGUCACCACAUUUCUAUUGUUUUCCUCCACCACCACCGCCACCACAUUUCUAUUGUUUUCCCUCCACGAAAUUCUAUAAAAGACUGCCAACUGCCAUCUUUAGUUCACUUUGAAGCAAUGUCUCGUGUCGUGAACAACAAUCGUGGUUUUCUUCAGCUGUUAGCUGAUUGCCCUGCUUAUCAGCGCCAGUUUCUUUUAAAGACAGCUACUCCACAACAACUACAUGCACUAGUCCAAGUCUUUUACAAUAUACUCAUGGGACACAUUCCUAUCUCCAAAGAAAAUAAGCGGAUAUUCCUGCCACAUAAGGAUGCUUUACUUAACCUGGCCAGACCAAAUGUCCCUUUCAAAAGAAAGAAACGAGUCCUUGUUCAAGAGGGUGGUGGUUUUAUUGAAGAUGUAUUAGCCCCUGUGGUUUCAAGCUUAGGAUUUCUAAUGCUAUAAAAGAGGUGACGCAUCGCUAGGUUGAUCAUUCGAAGCUAAGCCUGUCACGGGUACUCAUCAAAAUGAAAAGAAAGAUAGAUUUGGUUGAAGAAGAAGAACACGAGAUUGAACAUGAAGAAAGCGAAACUUGCCCGGGGCAUGGAAAUUUCCUUUGUCCCGGGCGAGCAUGGUUUCUCCUCCUUCCAAGUUGAAAAUGUCCACUGGAAAUGUAUGUGUGCUACUCACUAGUGUAUCAUUAAAAUUAAGUUUCAGAAGUCCUACAGAAAAAAAAACAAAAAGGAACAAACAAACCAACACUCUUCGGUAACUAUCUAAAUGCGAUCAACAGACCAGGCUUUUGAAGCUUUUCUCAUAAAUAAUUCGGUACACUUAGGGACCAGUCAUAAUUUAAGUUGGAGGGGGGAGUGGAGGAGAAAUUGUUUUUUAUUCCAAAUUUUUUCCAUACCCCCACCAAUAGCACCCAUGUUUUUUAGGUACCCCCCUUCAAUCAUUUUAAAAGAUUUAAGGGCCCCCCUUUCUUGUACAUAAUACCCAAAUGGUAAUAACAAAUAACAUUUUCUUUACUUUACCGUUCGUACUCACUGUCACUUCCGAAUGUGCCAACUAACAACAGAGAAGCACUUCACACUAAAGUGAGAAAGAGAUUUCACCUAGAGCCUCUCAAACAGCUUAUAGAGCAAGGAUAUAUCAGUGAUUGUGUUAUGAUUGAGAUAAGACAAGCCAUCGAAAGGUGAGAGGCCGACAGGACCGCUUCAAGGAAGAAAGAAGAUAAUCAGCCAAAGCUUACUGCUUUUUAUAUGAGCAGUACAUGCUCUAAUAGCAAAAAACUUGACGGUGACACAGACAGUGAGUCCACAUCAACCUCAUCUACAAAUAUUGAUUCGGAUAG